GAAUUAGAAACUUCAUGUGUUCAACUCCUCCUCCUCCCCACUCUUAGCGCAUCUGCUAGACUCUGGACAGAACGACGUGAGGUUGCGUGGAGAACAUAGCAAUACUGGUGCAGGUUUUUCAGCAUUUAAUGUAGUGUAAAUUAGACUUACUUUGAAAAGUCAUUGAAUGUACCUUAUUUUCAACGGGAAAAUGAUAUACCACAUAAAGUAAAAUAUUAGUAAUUAUCAGUCAUAACCUAUUUAGUUGAAUUAGUUGUAUUAUGGGAGUGCGUUCAUUUGUCACGCUUUAUGCGUGUGCGCACGUAUGUUUAUUCGUUUGCAUACUGCAAACUGUCCAAUCUCAGCGGAAUCCACCAGAGACAAGGCCAGGAAAUAACCAAGCCGCAGGUACAUUACGACAGACAAUACAAUGGGCGCACAAUGGUAAAGUUUUUAGCCUUCUGAGUCACGGCUCGGAAUAUCGACCACCAAAGCAAAGAGGCGCCGAUAAAGAGCAAGUCCAAGAGAGACCUGUCACCAUCAUUAGCGAUGGGGAAGCCAACAAACCCUCUGAUUCAUCGAGACCGCUUCCCUCAUCUAUUCACACAGUGUCCGGCGCAGGAGCGCGCCCGCGCUGGAUACCACCUCGAGUUUCAAGGCCCCCUAGGGGACAGGGGCACCAGCAACAGGAUGCCCAUCCAAGUGGCCUUGCAGAAACGAAGGCAAAUGGCACGACGAAUGGGACACAGGACAACCCGUCCCCAUCGCCGAGAAGAGAAGACAUGAUGGCAGGAGAUGAUCCUUACAACCCAUACAAGACCUCAGAUUCAGAUAAUCCUUACUACAAUUACUAUGACGUGUACGAGAGUCCCAGGCGCAGAGAGAGACCUGGAUAUGGCACAGGGUACCAUCAGAACGGUCUGCCUGAUCUUGUGCCAGAUGCAUACUACAUUCAAGCCUCUGCAUAUGUCCAGAGAGUUCCUAUGUACAACCUCCGAUGUGCAAAUGAAGAGAACUGCUUGUCAAGUUCAGCCCACAGAGCAAGAGACUAUGACACCCGCAUGCUUCUGAGGUUCCCACAACGUGUGAAGAACCAGGGGACGGCUGACUUCCUGCCAAGCAGACCGCGCUACUCCUGGGAAUGGCACAGUUGUCACCAACAUUACCACAGCAUGGACGAGUUCAGCCACUAUGACCUGCUGGAUUCCGGUGGGAGGAGUGUGGCUGAGGGACACAAGGCCAGCUUCUGCCUGGAGGACAGCUCCUGUGACUACGGCUACUACAGACGCUUUGCUUGCACCUCACACACCCAGGGCCUUAGUCCAGGAUGUUAUGAUACCUAUAACGCAGACAUCGACUGCCAGUGGAUUGAUAUUACAGAUGUGAAACCUGGGAACUAUGUCCUGAAGAUCAGUGUGAACCCCAGCUAUCAGGUUCCAGAGUCUGACUACAGCAACAACAUUGUGCGCUGUGAGGUCCGCUAUACUGGCAACUACGCCUAUGUGUCAGGAUGUCACGUCUCACACUAUUAAGAGGGGGAUGUCACUCUCCAAACCACUGAGAAGCAAUUCUGUGAAAACUCCAUAGCAGAAAAUGACAGAAAAUUUGUGGUUAAAGCACACACGGAUAACUGCAAUUAUGUAAAAAUGGCCAUACUCUUACCAAAUUGACAGUUGACCAAUUUUUCCGGUUAAUGUAAAAAAAAAACUCUGAGGUACAUUUUAUUCCUAAAUUAAGCAUGUUUUUGUAAAGCCAUUCUGUAUGUUCAAUGAGGAGGUAAUAAAAUAUGGAUCUAAUUACUUGAUAGGUUUAGAAUUAAAAGUAUAGCCUCUAUAUUACAUAGCCUAUAGUUGGUUUUAAAAGGUCUAAACCAAAUACAUUGAAUUUCAGAUGUUAAAACCCCACCAAAAUUCGAAAUGGCUUGUUUUUUACAUAUCAAUUACAAUAUUCAGCACCACAUUGUAUGGAAUCCAUCUUCAGCUUGCUUAAAAAGCACAAAAUGUAGCGCAUGGUGAGAUACCAUUUUUUUUUAACCAUGGCAUAUUUCCCUCAUCGUUGUAUGUGUUUUACGUCCAACAUAUCAUCACUUUAAUCCACUCUUUCUAUAAUUAUUCACAUUUGCUUGCUAUAGCUUGUAUGUUUACAACUCAAGUUCAAGGUCACUUUAGAUGUUUUAAAUUACAUUAAAGGGUUUGAAAAUUGGUAUAUAUUAGCAAUACACAGAUCAGUUUUUUUGUAGGCCCAGGAAUCAACUUCCAAAAAUGAAAUUUUGCAUGAAAUGAGUUAUCAAAUGGAAAAAACAUUCUCUCAGUCCCAUUGCAAAAUGUGUAGAAUUGCAGAAAACUUUCUUUAAAACUGCAACAUUUUCUCUACGCCCCAUGGCAAAAUGUGUAGAAUUGCAGGAAUUUAACUCUAAAAUGUAUCCUCUGUCAAGAGGUGGGCCACUAAAAUGUUUUGCUCACAAGUUGCCCAUCCCUGAGUAAAAGUAUUUCCCAUAUAGUACUGGAUACUGUACAUACUGUGCCUGUGCUCUGAACCAAAUAUUCAAACAGAAUUAGGAUUCAUUUGUUUUGUGAAAUGCUUUUACUUAUGGUUAGUCUGCGAGCUAUCUCUUUUGUCCUGUUUUGUUUGAUAUUUAUGCAAUGAAAAAGCUCAUAUAACUGCACCGUUUUGAUGUAUUCCAGGAAAUCUACUUGAAUAAAUCAUUGUGACAUUCA